GGUGCAUUGUGGGAUAGUGGCGGCCCGGCCCGGCAGCGCCCCCUCCUCCCUCCCCCUCCCCAGCUCCUUCUCCAUCCCCAGGUCCAAGAUGGCGGCGGCGGCGGCGGCUCCUCCGGCCCCAUCCCCGCCGCCCCCUGCCCCGGUGGGCCCGCGCUGCCCGGGCUCCUGGCCCAACUUCGCCGUUGUCUGCUCCUUCCUCGAGCGCUACGGGGCCUUGCUGGACCUGCCCGAGCUGCCCUUCCCCGAGCUGGAGCGCGUCCUGCAACCGCCGCAGGAGCCCGGAGACCAGGUCCCAAAAGAAUUGGUGGAGCUUCACUUGAAACUGAUGAGAAAGAUUGGGAAGUCUGUCACAGCAGACAGAUGGGAAAAAUACUUGAUCAAGAUAUGUCAAGAAUUCAACAGCACUUGGGCUUGGGAGAUGGAAAAAAAAGGAUACCUAGAAAUGAGUGUUGAAUGCAAACUGGGGAUUCUGAAGUAUCUCUGUGAAUGUCAGUUUGAUGACAAUCUAAAGUUUAAGAAUAUAAUUAACGAGGAGGAUGCUGACACCAUGCGUCUGCAGCCCAUUGGUCGGGACAAGGAUGGCCUCAUGUACUGGUAUCAGCUGGAUCAGGAGCAUAAUGUCAGGAUGUACAUAGAAGAACAGGAUGACCAGGAUGGAUCCACAUGGAAGUGCAUUGUUAGAAACCGCAAUGAGCUUGCCGAGACCCUUGAGCUCUUGAAAGCGCAAAUUGAUCCUGCUCUGUUGAAAAACAACAAUUCUCAGCAGGAGAAUUCAUCACGUGAAAGUCCAAGCAUAGAAGAUGAAGACACCAAAAAGGGUGAAGAAGCAGAUACACAAGAAAAUCAAUUGAAAAUCAAAGAAGAAAAAGAGGAGGUAGAGGAACAGUCAGUGGAAUCAGAAAGCCUGCUUCCUCCUGUGGUCAAAGAAGAUGAAAAUGCACUUAAAAUUAAGAAAGUGGAAGAAAAAGAAAUUAUAAAACUGCCAGUAAUAAUGAAAUUAGGAAAACCUUCAGAAAACAAUGAAGAAAAGCAAACUAUCAAGGAAGAAAGUGACUCCUUUAAGGAAAAUGUCAAGCCUGUUAAAGUAGAGGUGAAGGAAAACAAAACAGAACCCAAAGACCUAAAAGAAGUGAAAAGCUGUAUGGACAAAAUUGCAGUUCAUGAGCCAGAAAGGUUAGAAUUUUGUGUUAAUGUCAAAACUCCACAAGAAAUUGUGGAGAAAUCUGUGGAAGAAAGUGAAAAACUUAAAAAUGACCAACAGGCAAAAAUACCACUUAAAAAGCGAGAGAUCAAACUGACAGAUGACUACGACAGUCCAAUAAAAGGGCCCCUGUGUAAAUGUGUUACUCCAACAAAGGAUGUCUUGAAGGAAGAAGGGAAACCAGAAGAAGAAGCUUUUAAGAGAGUCCCUACCAUUACUGCUCUAUGUCCUGAUGGGAAAGUGCUAGUAAAUGGAGAGGUUAGCUGUGAAAAAAUAACCCCGAGUGUCAUACAAAAUAGUAAGUCAGAGCACUCUGCUAGUGCUAUGGAAGACAGCACCUCAUUACAAGAGAAAAAUGGAAAAAGCGGGGAAAAAGUAUCAGACUCUCUAAAUUCUGUUAGUAAAAUUAUAAAAACAUGUGAGAUUGAGAAAAAUGCAGUAACUGUGCUGAAAGAGAUCGGGCCUGUGGUCUCUGAGGUUUCUAAUCAGAAAGUGCCUUCAAAGGAAGAAUCUAGUCCUGUGGAAAAAGAAUCCAUUGACAGCACGACUACUGAGACGGUAGCAGAAGAGGCAUCAAACUCUGAAGACUGUGCCAAAACAACUGAAGAGGAACAAUCCACUGAUCUCAAAAACGACAGCAUGCCACCACCCAAAGAAUGUUCAGAGAAGCUAGAGAUGUCCCCAAAUGAAUCUGCUCCUGCAGAACUGCCUAAGCUUGCACUGGCUGAUGAAGAGACUUUGAAAAGUAAAGAUGAGCCUGAGGAGAAAAACGACUCUCCAAAAGCUGCUGAGAUACCUCCUGCAACUACUUCACCUGUCACAGUAGAGAAACCUAUUCUGGAAAAGGAGGACUCUGAUAGUAAAAUGGCUCUACCUGAGGAGAGCAAAGCAGAAGAAAAAUCCAGCCCAGAAAAACAAGAGGAAGAGCCAGAAGCUGCCAAAACAGAGCCAGACAGAUUAGAUGAUGCCCAUGCAUCUAAUCUAGAGGACUCCUCAGAAAGUAAAAAGGAAUCUCCAGUAGCUAAAAGCAAAUUUAAAUAUAAGCUAGUUUCUGAAGAAGAAACCUGUGCAACAGAAAAUAAAGAAAUAACUUCUGAAAGACAAAAAGAAGGAAUUAAAUUAACAAUCAGGAUCUCUAGUCGAAAGAGAAAGACAGAAACACCGCCAGAAGAGGUCAGCAUUGGCCGCACGUUAAGGCGGUCACCAAGAAUAUCCAAGCCUACUCCGAAAGUUGUGGAGACUCGGGAUCAGAAGCCUGAGAAGAAGCGGCCUGAAGAGGAAGAGGAGAAACCUGCAGCAGCACAAAAACCAGAACGAAAAGAAGAUGCAAAAAAACAAGAGAAGGAGACAAAUUCUAAAGUUAACAAGAGAAGCAAAGUUCGGUGGACGGGUACGCGGACACGUGGCAGGUGGAAAUACUCAAGUAAUGAAGAGACUGAGGACUCUGAGAGUGAAAAAAACUCUGAGGAGGAGGAAGAAGAGGAGGAAGAGGAGGAAGAAGAAGCUCCACCUGCUGAUGAUGAUGAGCCCUGCAAGAAGUGUGGCCUUCCCAAUCAUCCUGAGCUGAUUUUGUUGUGUGACUCUUGUGACAGUGGCUACCACACAGCCUGCCUUCGCCCUCCGCUGAUGAUCAUCCCUGAUGGAGAGUGGUUCUGCCCGCCUUGCCAGCAUAAAUUACUCUGUGAGAAAUUAGAGGAACAAUUGCAAGAUCUGGAUGUUGUCUUAAAAAAGAAGGAGCGCGCAGAACGCAGGAAAGAGCGAUUGGUGUACGUGGGUAUCAGUAUUGAGAACAUCAUUCCACCUCAGGAGCCAGAAAUACCUGAAGGUCAGGAAGAAAAGAAGAAAGAUUCCAAAAAGCCCAAAUCAAAACUUGAAAGGAGAUCUACCAGAACCCGAAAGUGCAUAAGCUACAGGUUUGAUGAAUUUGAUGAGGCAAUUGAUGAGGCAAUUGAAGAUGAUAUCAAGGAGGCUGAUGGAGGAGGCAUUGGCAGAGGCAAAGACAUGUCAAAUAUCACAGGUCACCGUGGAAAAGACAUUUCCACAAUCCUAGAGGAAGAAAGGAAGGAAAACAAGCGACCACAAAGGGCUGCUGCAGCACGACGCAAGAAACGACGGCGACUAAAUGACUUGGAUAGUGACAGUAACAUGGAUGAAGAAGAGAGUGAGGAUGAAUUCAAGAUCAGUGAUGGAUCUCAGGAUGAGUUUGUUAUAUCAGAGGAAAAUCUGGAUGAAAGUGAAGAUGACCCACCAUCAAAUGAGGACAGUGACUCCGAGUUCUGUGCCCGCAUAUCCAGGCGACACCUCUCCAGGCCCAUGAGGCAAAGCAGGCGGUUACGAAGGAAAACAGUCAAGAAAAAAUACUCUGAAGAUGACGAAGAUGAAGAGUCUGAGGACAAUUCAAGUAGAGAUUCUGAGAGUGGUGAUUAUACAGAUUACAGUGAUGAUGAUUACCUGGAAACGAGGAGGAGAAGAUCAAGACGGAAUCAGAAGAGACAAGUUAAUUAUAAGGAAGAUUCAGAAAGUGAUGGCUCACAGAAAAGUGUCCGAUAUGGGAAGGAGUUGAGAAGAGUCCAUAAACGCAGGCUCUCCACUUCAGAUAGUGAAGAGAGCUACACAUCUAAGAACUCUGAAGAUGAUGAAUCCACAAAGGAGUCAAAGCGAUUGAUUCGAAAACGUCGGCGAAGUACAGACGACUAUUUCGAGGAAGGAGAGGAUGAGGAGCAAGAAGGGAAGCCUGUCCGCAAACGCCUGAAUCGAAUUGAAACCGACGAGGAAGAUGCGUGCGAAAACGCGAACAACGAUGCAGAAACCCCCGCUCCUGCAGAUAAGCUGCCAGCAGCACAAGCCCCCCAAGACAACCCCAAGAAGCACUGCUACCGGAUAGAGAGUGAUGACGAAGAUGACUUUGAUAAUGUAGGGAAAGUAGAGAGCCCUUUGGACUACAGCCUGGUGGACUUGCCUUCCACCAAUGGACAGAGCCCAGGGAAAACCAUUGAGAACUUGAUUGGCAAGCCAAGCGAGAAGACCCAGGCCCCCAAGGACAGCACAGCCAGUGCCAGCCUGGCGCCCAAUGGGACAGGGAGUGGGCAGGAAGCAGUAGGGCCGGAGGAAGAUGAAGAUGAACUUUUGAGAGUGACUGACCUUGUUGAUUACGUCUGUAACAGUGAACAGUUAUAAGACUUCCAUUUUUGUGCUAAUUUAUUCCACGGUAGCUCAUACCAGCGGGCCAGUUAUUAAAAGUUGUUUUAUUUUUCCUAGAAACUUCUCCACUACAGUAUCACUUUCUAGAAGCAAGAAUUUCACCAGUCCUGCAGUCUUUCUGUGAAGUGACCAGUUUUGAACUUUGAAGAUGAAUUGCUGUAAAUUCCCUCUCUUACCCCCCCUUUUCCUUCCAAGUCCAUGGUCCUGGGUAAUUUCACUCACAAAAACCUUAUAACAACAAGAGAUUUGUAUAUUUUUGACUUUAUAUUUCCUGAGUGCAUACAAAUUUGUGGAAAUGGGUGGCCUAAGAAAGCAUUCCAAAUCAGUCAGGGCCCAAACCGGAACUGGGGUGGGUUUGGCUCAAGGGGUGGGGGGAUGGGAGGGGGGUGGUGCAGAAGCACUUGUGCUUUAGCUUUUUCAUAUGAGAUAUAUAUUAUAUUUAAAUGUUCACAACUUAGAUUACAACUUAACAGACAGUUAAAAGCAAAAUUAAUGUCUGUACUGUCGCAUUUUGUGAGUUGUAGGUUAACAUACCAUAGCUCAUUUUAGUAAUCACCUUCAUGGAAGCAGUUUGAUUUUAAUACUGGAGGCAAACAGAAUUAUUAGAGGCCAAGAAGGUACCAUAAGCAAGAACUCUGCUAUUCAUUAUGACUUGCAGACUUUCCUAAUAAACAUCCUUUAAAAUGUUUGUACA